GGAACGGGAACGGAACACAGCACAGCUCGUCCGGCCGCCGCCGGCCCCCGCUGCCGCCCCACCAUGAUCAAAGCCAUCCUCAUCUUCAACAAUCACGGCAAGCCGCGGCUCUCCAAGUUCUACCAGCGCUAUAGUGAAGACACACAGCAACAAAUUAUCAGAGAAACUUUCCAUUUAGUAUCAAAACGUGAUGAAAAUGUCUGUAAUUUCCUAGAAGGAGGACUAUUAAUAGGCGGAUCUGAUAACAAACUAAUUUACCGACACUAUGCCACCUUGUAUUUUGUCUUCUGUGUGGAUUCCUCAGAAAGUGAGCUUGGUAUUUUAGACCUCAUACAAGUAUUUGUGGAAACACUAGACAAAUGUUUUGAAAAUGUCUGUGAGCUGGAUUUAAUCUUCCAUGUAGACAAGGUCCAUAAUAUAUUGGCUGAAAUGGUUAUGGGUGGAAUGGUUUUGGAGACCAAUAUGAAUGAAAUUGUCACUCAGAUUGAUGCUCAAAAUAAACUGGAGAAAUCUGAGGCUGGUUUAGCAGGAGCUCCAGCCCGGGCUGUUUCAGCUGUAAAGAAUAUGAAUCUGCCAGAGAUCCCAAGAAAUAUAAAUAUUGGUGACAUCAGUAUAAAAGUACCAAACCUGCCCACUUUUAAAUAACAUGGCUACUCCAGGUAAUACCAAGGAAGAAAUGUAAUAAAGAUUUACUGCAUAAUUGUUUACUAAAUAAACAUGUCUUACUUUUACUGUUUGGAUAAAACUCAAGGUACUGCAUAGACAUAACCUGAAAAAUCAGUGUGUAGAGUUGAAUGUUGCUUUUGUCUUGUUUGUGAAAUUAAAGGAAAGGGGUAGUUCCCAUGUGAUUUCUAAAUUACAUUCCUAUGCCCUUGCAAGGCAUAUCACUGUGUCUCAGCUGCUGCAGUAUUUUGGGGAAGUAUUUAAGAUGUUCUUUACUUUGUAUAACCUAUAAUGCUGAUGUUUUUUGUAUAUUCACCAAAGUCUAUAAUUAGUGUGUUCUUUAACUACUUCUGUUUGUCAUGAUUAUUUAAGACCUAAGUGCAAAUGUUGCAUGAAAACAUUUAACUCAUGUUUUGUUAAAUAAAAUCAUAACAAACUGGACUUCGAAAUACCUGUUUUUUGAAGUCUACUGUUUGCAAUAAACCACAUUAUUUCCUAUUCAUGGAGCCAAUUGACUAUAUGUUGACAAAUACUGUUGUAGCAGACAUUGAUAUUGUAGUUUAAUCUCUGAAGGGCUUACACAGGGGUAUUAUGCUGAACAUAUUGGCUCUUUACAUUUCUCACAAAAGCUGUUCAUUAUUAUACUGAAGGAAAAACUGCCUUUACCGAAGAUCUGAUGAUUUUUGUUUACAUAUACAUGUUGAUACUUACACAAUCUGAUAGACUUUCACUGAUGGUCUGACUUUGUCUAGGGGAAAAAAUGGGCCCUGUGAUUGCUCUGUCUUGUGAGAAGCACAGAAUGGGCUGAGGACUUUAUAUUUGGGCAGCUCAAACCAGUACAUGAGAGUCUAUCAAAUAAUGUGAUAAAGAAAGGCACUCUGGAAAGAUAAUUGGGGAUACUUUAAUAGGGCCUCUGUGCCUGGUGACAUUGUGAUUCUCUGCUUUGAGAAUUAGAUUUAUGAGACACAUAGUAUUGUCAAGAUCUGAGAGAAAUCUAAGUGCUAUCACCUCUGCGUAAGUUGCUCAGCUCUUAAACUCUUCUGUGAUUUAAAAAACACAAAGGGGGAUAGUGAUUGUUUUUUAUAAUCAUGCUUUUAAGCUCUGUGUGAUGUACAAGUCUGUUUUAAUGAAUAAUAAAAAUA